GAGGCUGGGAUAAGAAGAACUGCCUAACUCCAAAAAUCGGUGAGCUUGAUAAAAGACAAAAAGAAAAAUUGAAAAUGGCCUCCUCACUUUCACCACAAGAACUUCAAGAACUUCAAGAGCUAAAGCAGAUAGGCGACGACAAAGAUUGGACAUAUGAUGACUAUUGUCUUCUACAGCUAGCCACACUAGUUAUCAUGGACUUGUAUAUCUUUGAAUUAAUAUAUCGUCCAAAAAUGCGAAUCCCAUUAAUCAUUCAUCAUCUUUCUACUAUCGGAAUCACGCUUCUUGGUUACUAUAUCUUAAAUGAAACCGAAAACGUGGAUUCCUCGGCUGAAAGCAUUUUAUUGUUAUUACAAAUCACAACAGAUAGAAUGAAUUCUAUUGACCUUCUCUUCAACGAAAUAACACCAACAUGGGAAAAGAUAACACAUCAACUCACUGCUUUUCAGGAAAUGCUAACAAAUAUUGGAACAUUUGCAUG